CAACAUUCCCUCUGCCUGAAUCGCAUCCUGAUCUUUCUUCCUUUUCCCGUCCGUGCCAGCCGUGGCAUAAUUGAUUGAUUGUCGACUUUCACGAGAAACCGUGAGCGCGUUGAGGAGCUGAGAUGAGGCUGCCCCACUGCGGCACAGCGACUGGCAGCUGGACAGCGCAGGUAUCCAUGGAUCCAUCCGCCUCACCGUAGAGGUGCCGCCCGCACCCCAUGCCAUCCUCGCUGAGCUCCCAUGUUUCCCCAUCUCCCGAGCUACCCCUGGCGCUCCCCGUCCGUCUUGAAAGCGAAUGGACAGCUUGAGACGGCUUCGACUUCGACUUCGACACUGACAACCUGACGACGACGGCCAAACCAGAGUCGCCACUAACCAACACCACCGCCGCCGCCGCCAUGGCCUUUGACGCGUCCUCCCUCCCGCCCGACCUGUUCGACACCACCACCAUCAUCUCCCUCCUCUCCACCGUCGCUAUUGUCCUCGCUGCCUACACCGCGUCGCGCGCCGUCCUCGCGCCCGCCACCUCGGCUGCCCUGCGCUUCCUCUUCAUCUGGCACCUCGCCGACGCCCUGUGCCACUUUAUCCUCGAGGGUAGCUUCCUCUACCACUGCUUCUUCUCCUACCUCGAAGCCGGCGACUCGUCCUCCCCCAUCGCCGACCUCGCGUCGCUCGUCCCCACGCCGUACAACUUCCUCGGCCAUGAGGACCGCCGCAUCUACGGGCCCCAGGCCGGCGGGGCGAACCCCUUUGCGCAGCUGUGGAUGGUGUAUGCGCGCGCGGACCGCCGCUGGGCUGGUGCAGAUCUGGGCGUCAUCAGCCUCGAGCUGUUGACCGUCUUCUUCGACGGGCCGCUCGCCGUGUACAUAUGCUACCUCAUCGCGCGCCGCGACCCCAAGGCCAGCGUCUGGAUGAUCGUGCUGGCCACGUGCGAGCUGUACGGCGGCUUCAUGACGUUCUGCCCCGAGUGGCUGACGGGCAACAUCAACCUUGACGGCAGCAACUUCAUGUACAUGUGGGUGUACCUCGUCUUCUUCAACAUGCUGUGGGUCUUUAUCCCCCUCUACGCCGCGUGGUACGGAUUCAGCGACAUUUCUAGCGCGUUUGCCGCGCGAGCAGCGAAAAAGAAUGUCUGAGUAGGCACUCCCUCGUGUAAGAAGGGUGUAACAUGACGCUUCACAA